UGUGCGGGUGUUCGUCUCUCUCAGCAGCACGGACGCAACACAAACCUCAAAGUAGGGAGGACACUCUGCACGACAGGACGUACUGGGUCGAUCACCGUGAUCUUCCCCUUUUGGAUUUAAGUUUCCAUUGGUUUUCGGCGCAAAAGGGGCUCAAGGGUCAAGUUGCAGCUUGUUGUCCUUUUGAGGGGAGUUUCACGUGUCUCCAUUUGGCCCUAGACGCAUCUGUCACCGACUGCCACUGGGUGUCUGGAGCUGCCAAAGUCAUGCCGGCCGGGUUUCAGCAACUCGGAGGGGAGACGGUGACUGGAACCCUUGCGCUCUCAGUCUUCACUGCCGUUCUGGGAUCUCUGGAGUUCGGAUACAACAUCGGCGUCAUCAAUGCACCACAGAAGAUUAUUGAGGAGGACUACAACGCGACAUGGAUUCACCGGUAUGGAGAACCCAUCCCAACAGGGACCCUCACCUCCCUCUGGUCGCUGUCUGUGGCCAUCUUCUCCAUCGGGGGCAUGCUCUCCUCCUUCUGCGUGGGCUUUGUCUCUGAGUGGCUUGGCAGGAGGAAAGCCAUGCUCAUAAACAACCUGUUUGCCUUCAUCGGAGGAAGUCUGAUGGGGAUGUCCAAGCUCUGUCGCUCCUAUGAAAUGUUGAUCCUCGGACGUUUUGUCAUCGGGGCCUACUGUGGUUUGGCAUCAGGGUUGACGCCGAUGUACGUGGGUGAAAUCGCUCCAACGAGUCUGAGAGGAGCACUGGGCACGUUGCACCAACUGGCUAUAGUCACUGGUAUUCUCAUUGCACAGAUUCUCGGCCUGCAGUCAUUAUUGGGUGGUGAGGACCUUUGGCCUGUUCUGCUGGGUUUAACUGUGGUGCCGACUGUUCUUCAGAUGGCUCUUCUUCCCUUCUGCCCAGAGAGCCCCCGCUUCCUCUACAUCGUCCGCUGCAAGGAGCAUCACGCCAAGAAUGGCCUGAGGAGGUUGACGGGCCGGCAGGACGUGGGCGACAUGCUGGCCGAGAUGAAGGAGGAGAAGAGGAGGAUGGACAUGGAGAGGAAGGUGUCCAUCCCGGAGCUCUUUCGUUCGCCGAUCUACCGCCAGCCCGUCAUCAUCUCCAUGCUGCUGCAGCUCUCCCAGCAGCUGUCCGGGAUCAAUGCAAUUUUCUACUACUCCACCAGUAUAUUCAUGAAGGCAGGAGUCCAGAGUCCAGUCUACGCCACCAUAGGAGCUGGUGUGGUGAACUGUGCCUUCACUGUGGUCUCACUCUUCCUGGUCGAGAGGAUGGGACGACGGACGCUCCACAUGCUCGGACUGGGAGGAAUGUGCGUCUGUGCCAUCAUCAUGACCACGGCUCUCGCUUUACUGGAAAGCAUUCCCUGGAUGAGCUAUAUCAGCAUGCUGUCAAUCUUCGGUUUCGUCGCCUUCUUCGAAGUGGGUCCAGGUCCGAUUCCCUGGUUCUUUGUGGCUGAGUUGUUCUCUCAGGGUCCAAGGCCGGCUGCGAUGGCGGUGGCCGGCUGCUCCAACUGGACGGCCAACUUCAUCGUCGGCAUGUGCUUCCAGUAUGUCGCUGAUCUUUGUGGGCCGUACGUCUUCCUGAUCUUCGCAGCACUCCUUCUCUUCUUCCUCAUCUUCACAUUCUUCCGGGUGCCAGAGACUCAAGGAAAGACCUUUGACCAGAUCGCGGCAAGCUUCCACCAGCACCCAGUGGGCGGAAUGAUGGACAUGGAUAUGGACAUGGACAUGGAUAAGCCCAGCACCGAGCUGGACUACUUGGGCGAGGAGAGCAUCAACUAAAGGGCUUGAAGAGAGACAGACCUGGGAUGGGACUGAGUACAGAUUGAGAUGAACUGUCUAUGGGCCUAACUCCAAACAUUUUAUUUUCUGACAUGUAUAGCAAGGUCUAUCGUUGUAUUCAUAUUCAGAUUGUGGUGCCGUAGAAGUGUUGAAGGUGUGUGACCGUGUGGGUGUUUUUAAUUUGCUGGUACCGCUGCAGUACGAGGUUAAAGGUUAAGAAUUAUUUCUUGACAAAGGCUAAAAACCUGCAGAUCGAGGUGUAAGAUGCACAUGAGGAGAAGGUGUCUGGACUGUUGAGGCAUCGACUGCCAGUGUGAUGAUAAUGAUGCACUUGGUUGCAACACUGAUAAAUUGAAGUGGAGAGGGAGGAGGAUUUCCUGCACUUUAUAAAAAAUAACCAAAAAAAAAUACAUCCAAAGGUUUUCAGUCAGAUUUAAAAAAACAAGAUGUCCUUUUUGUUGUAGUCAAGCUGGGAACACACUUAACUUCUGGUUGUUAAUGAAAUACCACUGGAGGACCACAUUCUGCUAUGUAAAGAAUAGGAAACCACAUUUACAUAUACUACAGAUUUUUAUUUGGAUCUGCACCAUAUAAAACACGCACAUAAAUAUCAGUCGCCUGAACACGUCUGAUAUUUUUUCUGUCUAGAGACGUAACUUUCUCUCAGAGAUCAGAGAAUGUUUUGAAAAACGCACUACCGCAUAGACUGAAUGGGUUCUUCCUGGUCCUAAACCUGAGUUUUUUUAAUAGACUGCCAAAUAACAAAUGCAGAUGAAAACAACCUCCUUGGCAGAGAUAAUAAAUCUAAAGGGUUUGAAACUCAAGUGGAAGGAACAAGGUUUAAAUCCUACAAGUGCAGGAUUAAUGUAGUUUGUAUUGUAUUCACGCAACGCUCUGGUUUGGAGUUUAGCUUAUUUUCUAAACAGAAACAUUAUAUACACAACACCUUCAUAUUCCUUUAAGUGUCAUUUUAGAAGUUUUUUUUUUUGAGUAAAGAACAAACCUAACAUGGUAAAGUGCCAACAUUGCAUGAUGACCCAAUAAUGUAGAGAAAGUCUUCACUGCCAAACUGGGGUUUUAAUCAUGAGGCACGUUCAUGUUUAACUUUAAGUAUUUUUCUGAUCAUGACAAACUCAUUGCACAAUCUGUAGAAAUACUACUUUUAAAGUCUAUUUUAAUACUUCAUGUGUACAUAGUGUGCUGUUUGGUUACUGAUGCGGUUUUAAAAAAGGUGUGAGGUUUAAAAUCUUUAUACUCUCUAGCUGGUGUUUAGUUUUGUAACCUGAAGCGAGAUGUGCAGUCUAAGAAGGGUGAGUUUUGUAUGACAAGUUUGUGUGUUUUUCUGGAAUCUGUCACGUGUGCCGUUCUUUUAAUCACCUUCUGAAGAAACAUUCAGGGAGGACCUGGAAUUGUACAGAGAGAAUAUUGACAUUGUGACUAGAGGUUGUAAAUAAUAUCUGAAAUCACCUUUCCAGUCAUCCAUUAAUGACUCGACAUCAGUAAGUUUCUGAACCGUUCGUCAAAUGUGAACGAAUGACAGAAUCCUGAGAUUUGCAAACAUGAUUUAUUAAUUAGCAUUUUCAGCACUGACAUUGCACAUUAUCCCCUCCAAAGAAAAGCACACACAAAUAAGUAAAACAAAAGAAAUAAGUUUCUUUUUCAAUAUAUAUCCUCAACUGAGGACGAUGACGGGAGUCAGUAUGUUUUUAAGUGAUUUGAGGUGGUAACUUAACUAAACCGACUCCCAUAAUGCACCACCACCCUCACACCUGCUUGGUUUUCCCCUUUUCAACCAAAUUAAGUUAAAUAAAAUUCAAGGCUGGUUCUUCUAAACUACUUGAUGUGCCCAAUGUGAUCAAUUAAAGAAAAAUAGAGUAAGGGGGGGCGGAAUAACUGGGCUACCAAGCAGAUCUUUUCCAUUUCUUUUUUUUAAAGAUGUACUUUUUAAUUUCUAAAUAUG